UUGAAUUUUUCUAGGGAUGAUGUAAAUUAUGCUAUCGAGGAACUCGACUAUUUCUCCAGUUAUGGUAAGCACGGUUCACUGGCUGGUGUAAUCUUCCUGGUUUUGCGAGAAGCGUACAAGAAAAGCGAUGAGCUGAUGAAGAAAGGUUGUUGUUUGAACAUAUUCAGUGCUAGUCCAGCAAUCCUGGAAUCAUUCGUGGCAGUUCACGAGUUAUUUGAUCUGAACGAUAAAAUGCGAGUGAAAAUCUAUGAAGGUUUAAUCCAAAUCUACGGUGGGCAUUUUUCUUUUUUUGGUCCCAAGCUCAAAAUAAUUUUUCUUCGCAUAACUCCAGCAAUCCUGGAAUCAUUCGUGGCUGUUCACGAGUUAUUUGAUCUGAACGAUAAAAUGCGAGUGAAAAUCUAUGAAGGCUUAAUUCAAAUCUACGGUGGGCAUUUUUUUUUUUUUGGUCCCAAGCUCAAAAUAAUUUUUCUUCGUGUAACUGUACAGGAAUUCAUUUGCUUUCAUUUUCAGGACGAGCAAGCAAUUUGAAU